CGGACCCGCAAAGAGCUCUUCUCUCCAGGUCUCCCGUGGUCUCGUGUUCGUUCGCGGUUAUAUGUCGUUGUGUGCUGUCUGUAUGUAUGUGCGCUCGACCUUUGAUUCUCCUCGUCCUGUUUCUGCUGCUGGUUGUUGGUGUUUUUUGGUGGUUUGUGGUGGUGCCACGAGGCGUGUGAAAAAUUGUGGGUGGUGUUUUGGUUCGGCCUGGUUUCUGGCACGUGUGAAGGCCCAAUAAAAAGGAGUCAUAAAUCCGGUUUUAUCACCUUACCGGAGCGUGUUUCCCCUGGAGUUCCUCUCCGAGCUUAGAUCUCCCGCGGUGCGCUCAAGUGGGGGAUGUGUUUCAACGCAAAAGGGUGUCUCAAUAUCAAUAAAAUAUUUUGCAUAUUACAUAAAUCUCGCAUUUCGGGCUGCUGCUGAUAAUCUGGUUCACGGUUCGUCGUGUCUGGGGUUUGUUUGGUUCGCGGUUUUUGGUAGUGUGUGCUUGCUCCUUCCGUCGCGCGACUCGUGGAAAAUUAAUUAUCCUUUCUCCCGGCGGUAUAUCCGAUCGUUUAGCCUCGGGGCCAGACCAAAGUGUCACGUGGCAGCACCACGGUUGUGACCUACAACAACAGUCCUUUCAGUCGGGGAGGUGGACAACAACAAAGAAGAGAGCAAAACCAGCUGGGAAGGUCAACGAGGAAUAACCAAACACAUGUCACACUCUGAGCUGGGACGUUUGCAGCAGUGAGUGGAUGACCGGAAACCGGGACAAGGAAAAAUAAACGUAUCCUAACGGAUUCAAUCAAUUAUCGGACUGUGUGGCGGUUCUGCUAACAGGCUGGUCCUUUCCCAUGUACCGUGGUCUCUGGCCUGGGACAGGAUCCUAGAAAGAAGAAAAAACCCGUGUCAAAGUAAAGUUCGUGGGAAAAAAGCAAGGAAAAUACACAAAAAAAAAGCCCCGCCGGCAGGCAGGCAGGUGCUUCGACCAAGAAAACAGAUAUCCGGCCGAGAUCCGUUCGAGCGUGCAAAGUGCCCUGAAAAUCCUGGAACGAAUCGGGUGAAAAGUGGGAUUCGGUUUCACCGAGCCAUCGCCUAGCCCCAACUAGUAGUGACUGCCCGAAAAAGCAAUCUCCUCUCAGAAGUGGUCCAACCAGGCUUUCCAGAGCGUUCAAAGAGUUGGCGAUUUGUCCUCGGUGUUCAGUCUGAGAGGGCCGGCGGCAGCUCCCAGCAUUGGUGCAGGAUCAACGGAUUUAGAUUACUACAACGGGUCGCGCUUCUUUCUUCCCUUUUUUUGUGAAGCUGUUGUCGGAGAAAAAUCGUCAAGACGUGGGGCGAAAUCAAGAAAGGUCUCCAAUCCUUGUGGAUGACUAGACUGUGCAGUCCCUGGGAUUACAGUCAGCGUGACGAAUACCCCGCGGACGGGUUCGCCCAGUUUCUUCACCCGUCCGUUGCAAUCGACAGCAAAGAAAUGGACGACAUGCUGGUGCAGUGCAACAAGAACAGUGUUUACGUACUAAACUCCAGCUAUCGAUACCGGGACUUCGACAUGAUAGAAUUAUUCGGCUCGCCAGCUGGCAGAGCAUUAACGGUGAAUAAUAGAACAGCUGCCGAAAUGCACUCGUGUAGUAAAUCGAACAGCAGCUCCAACAUUGCCAGCAUUUCCAGCAACUCUGCCAGCACCACCCAGAACCACUCUGCCCUCUGCCAGCAGCCCUUGUACCAUCCGCUGCAAAACUGCGGCUUCAGUGGAACCUGUAGCACCAUCAGUGCCGCCGCCGCCAACCAUUCGAGCCACCACUCAACAGCCUCCUCAACUGCCAACUGCAACAAAUUUGUCGAUGCGAACGACCUAAUCAGGUACAGAGCUAGCCACCCCCACCCGCACACGACCCACCUGCCGACAGCGACGCCAACGACCAACCAUGGCGGCAGCAGCAGUUCGAGGACCAACUCCAAGAUGGCCAAAAUUUGGAAGCUCUUCGACGAGGACCGAAUACAGAACAAAGGCUCGACGACCAACGCCACCACGACCAGCAGUAACGGCGGGAGCGAGUUCUUCAGCCGGUGUCAGAGCAGGAGGAAAUCCAACCCCAGCGAGGAGAAAUCUACCAAAGAUCUGUACAACGAGGCGGCUCAGUUGCUCGGAAUCAGGUGUACGCUCAGUGACAGCUGUCGGUGCAUCGACUGUCAGAGCCAAUACUUUGACUGCGAUGAUUUCGACUCGUACUCGGAGUACUCGGACAGGUCGUACGAUCCGGAGGACAAUUUCGUCGUAAAUCAAUCGUACUUCACGUCCAAUGACACCAGUCGUCACCCAGAUCUGUCCGAAGUCGUCUGUCAACAGCACCAGCUCCACCACCACCACCAGAUCAAUCCCAGCGAAAUCACCGCCAUCAACGGCCAAAAAGACGACUUUGAUGGCGCCGAAAAUGAGGACGACAAUGGUAACAAUAAAGAUGAUCAAUAUUCACGCCACGGAGGGAUCUCUGGCCAGGUUCACGAAACGGAGACGGACGGAGGACGAAUGCGCCGGCGGAAGUGUAAUGAGACCGAAAUUGGUCCCGAGCAGCAAAAUGAUUCGGCGUCGAUUUCCACCGGUCGAGAUUAUGCCGUUGCGAACGGAAUUAACGAACUGGAAGUGAACAGCAAUUUGGAAGCAUGAGAAAGACAAACCAACAACACUGGCAACACUUUUCCCAGCAAUAUCUCCCAGGACGACAUGUUGGCCAUCAUCAACGGCCACGGGAGACCAUCCUUUCAGCACCCAGCCAGCUGCUAACGGAGCCGAGCUGGUGACCUUUCCCACGGUGGUCCUCGGCAUUGAGCGACGUCGAUCGAACACACAGGCUCAGCGGACGGAUCGAACCAGACCAAGAAGAUAAGUUUUUCUUACUUGUCCCCCCGUUGGGCAACCCUCGUCACGGGUGUGCGGUGUUGAUGUGUCCUUGCGCGUAUUUUCCCACAAUUGUAGACUAGGUUCGAAGGAAGCAAAAGAAGAAAAGAAAAAAAAGCGCGUGAUAAGCAGCAAAGUCACGUUCUACGAUCUGAUCCAUUAGUUUUAAGUGGAUUACUUGCGCUAUGCUUCAAAUUCAUAGCCUUGCGGGGUAGACGCGUAUAUUGUGCUCAGUGAAGGCAAUUCUCUAGGAAAUCGCAAAACUCGUUGUCAUUCUUUUCUAACUUUAUUGAAACUUCGUCCAUUCGUUCUUUUGAGCAAAUGAUACCGGUUUGCACAACAAAUCACCUGAUGAAAUCCAUUACAGUUUAUUAAAUCGAUUAGGAAUGCUUUAUAAAUGAUUUUUUAGGCAUGGCCAUAGUUUGAUCUACUCAAAAAUCAAGCAAAAAAUGCGAUUUUUUUAAGAACUGCUUGUGGGGAAAUGUUGUUUUUGGGAGCAAAGAAGAAAAAAAACACCUCUCCCAAGAUGAAUUGUUCGAACCACCCACCCACCACAAAAGAAGUGUGGGUGUGGGUGGUGGUGAUGGCGCGAGGAUGUCUGGCGCGAACUAGGCUAGAGCCUGCCAAGCGCAGCAGAUAAAUCAAUUCUGUGACAACCCUGGCAAGAGCAAACAACUCGCCCAACGAAGAAGACCCUGGCCUUGGCUCUAUGGGUAUGUGUGUUUGUGGAAUGGAAGUUUAAUAGAUCGUGCGUACGUAAUGUUGAGAGACGACGACGACGACGACGCCGACAAGAUGGAACGAGUUGGUACGUGUCCUUUCCCAUUGACUGCAGGAAAAUAGCUUUUCAUGCUCGAUUUUUCUUUUCUUUUGUUUGCGUACUAUCUGGGGAGCAGGAGCAGCAAGUUUUCUCAGUAAAUCUUCAUCGGAAAGAUCAUUAAUGUUUGAUAUUGUUGACACUUGGUUUAUUAUCUUACGACUGGUGAUAUGAUUCAGGAUAGUGUAAAUGUAUGUUGAAGUUGAAAAAUUGAAUGUCCGAAAUACAAUUUCGAAGAAGAGAAUCAUUUAAUUGGCUAAAAUGUUUGCACAAUGUUUUUUUUUUUUAAAUUAAAGCUGAACCUGAAAAUGUCGUGCCCCAACCCGCUCGGCUAUGCAUGCUUUUGCAAGCGAUUUUACCAUCGGGUUGUUUGCUGUGUACUUAAACGAACGUUUCUACUUAUAUCAGUUGGGCACCCCUGUUUCAUGCGUUUGUUUAUCAAUUCAAUACUGAGAAUUUUGGCAUCUAGUCGAUUUGGCUCGAAUUUAAGCCAGAAAAGACUCGAGGCUCGAACCAAAUUUCUUAGUGAGUAUAUGCCAAAUAUGAGCCCUCUACGACAGAGGGAAGUGGGGAGAAACGGGAACAAUUUUCCAGAAGGCUUGAUUGUUGAGGCAAUUGCAAACCUCUUUUUACACCUAAGCUUCUAUCCACCCCCGGAUCUUCUGGGAUCGAACCCAGGCCGACUGGGUGAGAGGCAACCACGGUUGCCCCUACACCACGAGUCCAUACAAAAAUUGUACGUCGAGAAUCUGUAUUAAUGCGAAAUAUUCAGAAAUAUAUAGGUACACAGUUUAAACGUUUUCAAGAUAAAGCCUAAAGUUUAUUUUUUAAGUUUUUUUAUCUUCAUCAUCCCGGUACGAGAAUCUAACUAACGACCUCUGGAUUGGAAAUCCAGCGAAAGCUGUUGAAAAUAUUAACGCCACUAGUCGAAACCCAUCCCCUAGCGGUCAGUAUUCCCAGUGAGUAGAAUUACUCUUUUAAGGGAUUUGAUGGUAGCUCGUAAAAUUUUAACUGAAAAAUACCCGAUUUCAGAUUUGAAACAGCGUCCAUGAUUGUCCAUAAAAGAUAUUGAAGAAUGGGCCUCUGGUUGCUGAAAUACAGCGAAAAAAUGAAAAAGAAACAAAAACUAUUUGGGUAAUUCUCCACAAACUCACAAAACAGUUGCCCCGAACCCCCUUCCAUUUUUGAACAUGCGAAAAAA